AAAACAGGGAUGCAAUUUGAAGAAAAGGAGAACAAAGAAAUCGGAGGGUAUAAAACCUCUGCAGAAGCGCGACUCUCCUGCACUGCACCGGCUGAGGAGCGCGCGCGUCUCCUUUCCACACUUCUCUCUCUCUCUUUCUCUCUCUAUCCCUCUCUCUUCCUCACUCUCUCACUCUCAGUCCCUCUCUCUCUCUCUCUCUCUCCCUCUCUCUCUGUCUCCCAUCAAGUAACCAGCGCGUGCGAGUUCUGGUCCGGGUCGGAUCGAAGCGCGCGCCGUAGGUGCUGUUCGGGUUGGAGGUGGGUGAGAGUGCGCGCGGCAGGUGUUGUUCGGGUUGGAGUCGCGCGCGAGUUUUUGCUUUUUAAUAAAUAAAUCAAUCAAUCAGUAAGCCAUCCACGAUGACCACACUGCUGCUGGUGCUGUCCUGUGCGCUGUGCGUUCACUCUCUUCCGCUGGGGGACGACAGGAACAGCCGCAGGUACAAAGAUCUGACGGCUUGGCCAGAGAAGAUUCAUCAUUAUGCUCUGACAAAGAGGGAAAGACUGCCGCACGCUCAAAACACGCUAAAAGAAGACGUUGAGAUUAAGAGGUGGCAACAUCACCCCGCUGUCCCCAAGAACGGCAGUGAUGUCUGGAACAGGCCACGGUGUGGAGUCCCAGACUACCCUUCAAAGCAAGGAAGCUUCUAUAAUGUAGUACAGAGAGGGGGCCUACAUGGUGGACGGUACCGAGGCAAGCGCUUUGCUUCAGUCAAGGGAUGGAACAAGACCAGCUUCACUUACAAGAUCCUAAGGACGCCUGGGCAGAUGAAUUUGGAGAAAGUGCGUGAGGUAUUUCAGGACGCUGUACAGGUCUGGAGUCAUGUCACGCCUCUCACCUUCACCGAGGUCCCAGGGGGCCAUUCUGACAUCACCAUCGACUUUGUUAGGUAUGAACAUGGAGACAAGCUGCCUUUCGAUGGUCCAGGAGGAAUCUUGGCCCAUGCAUUCUUUCCUAGAACCCACCGGCAGGGAGAAGUGCACUUUGACUAUGAUGAGUAUUGGACUUUAGGCAACAGCAUGGGCACAGACUUGCUGCAGGUGGCUGUUCAUGAGCUUGGCCACACUCUCGGGCUGCAGCACUCCAGGGCUCCUGGCUCAGUGAUGUCUCCCUUCUAUACCUACUCCUACCCACCACAGCUAAGCAAGGACGACGAGAGGAGCAUCCAGGCCCUGUAUGGCGUCAAGGUUAUUCAAGAGAAGGAGCCAGAGUUAGACACCAAUGACAUCAUGAUAGCACCUAAUGCCUGUAACACAGACUUCGAUGCAGUGUCGAUGAUCCGUGGUGAGCUGUUCUUCUUCAAAUCGGGCUACGUGUGGCGCAUCCGUGAUGGUAGACUGCAGGACGGGUAUCCUGCUUUAGCCUCCAGACACUGGCAGGGAAUUCCUUAUAAUAUAGAUGCAGCAUAUGAGGACACAUCUGGAAACAUCUGGUUCUUCAAAGGUCAGAAUUACUGGGUGUACGAUGCUGAAAAGCAGAUCAGCGGGCCGGACUCAGUGCAGAGACUGGGACUUCCUGUCAGUGACAUCCAGGCAGCCUUGAUGUGGGGUGAAGACAAGACCCAGAAGGUGUACUUCUUUAAGGGAGAAAACUACUGGCGUUUUAAUCCACAGGAGAACUGGGUGGACAUGAGCUAUGCUCGCACCAUGGUGGACUGGAGGGGAAUCCCGAAUGAUAUUGAUGCUGCUUUCCAGGAUCGCUAUGGGUUUGCCCACUUCCUGAAAGGAAGACAGUACUGGAAGUUUGACCCAGUGGGGGUCAGGGCCCUCGAGGGAUACCCCCGCUACAUUGGCAUGGACUUCUUCAAUUGUGCCGCCUACAAGUAUCAAUAAACCUCCACCACAAAUGGAGCUUAACCAACUGAAAUUGUUUCAAACUUGAAGAUGUUUCAGGACCUGUUUAUGUUUAAACCAAGACCAACUGCCUUGACUUACUACUUUUAAUUAUUCAAAGUGACCCGGGUGACUUAAAGAUGUUAUAUAAUCUUGGUCACCCGCAUUUCACCCUCAGACAUGUUGUGUGCUACAGGGUUCUACCUUAUCACAGGUACAAUAAUACAUAUAUCCUCACAUGAACACCAGUCAGGUUGGAACAAACCAGCUAAUGACUCAUGAAUUGCUGGAAGAUUUCCAGCCACACACAACCUUGACACUUCUCAGGAAAAGCACGUAUGCCCUGCCUUUCCAAUUUCUCCAUUUUCUGCUGUCUUACACAGAAUUUGAUUAUUUAUUGUCUGUAUAUUUUGCCGUCAUCUUCAGUAUUGUAGUCACAGAGAACUCAAUAUCUACUUUGUGAAGUGCCAAAAUGUGCUGUUUCUCUUAGGAAAAAAUACUUUUUUCUUACACAAAGGUGCUAAAAUAACAAACACGGAAGGCAUCCUGUACCUCCGAUAUCAAAUUUUUAUCCAAAGAAAUACAAUAGCUCAGGUGUGUCAGUGAGUGCUGAGCUAGGAAAGAGAAAAGGCAGUCAAAUUAUCACAGCAAUUUGCCAAUGAUUAAUUUUUUUUCAUUAAUUAAAGAAAGACAUGUACAUUUUAUCCAUUUACAGUUACAUUUUACAUAAAAGUUUCACUUCUCUUAGAAACAGCCAUUCCUUUGACCGCUUCUCUUUUUUUCUCUGUCUUGAAGUUAAUAAACAAACAAACAAAAAAAACCCCACAGCUUGUCGUGUUACCGUGAAACUGGACAACGCAGUUCCUGAAGACUUUCCUGUGGCAGAAAACCUACUGACUGUUACAAAGCACUGACACUUCCAUAAAGACUCCUUCCAUAAAUGUUAAAUAAACUUCUCUUCACAGAACACUUCAACAUGGUAAAGUGUUGUUAAAUAUCCACAGGUUUUAAAAAUCUAUUUAUUAUUAGUCUUUAAUUAUGUGGAACAUCUGCCAUACACGUCCCUAUGAAAUGGCUGUUAUUAAAGAAAAGACAACUGUGAAAUUAUUCAAUGCCAGCCAAUCAGCCAAGAGUAUUUUCAGUGCCCAUGGAAUAGGAUGCCAUAUUUCACGUUCUGUCCUGAUUUCUUCACUCCUGGAUACUGUAUUGUAGCAUGGUGCAGUGCAGGCCACUGAUGCUGCCGUGUCAGUCAACGUUGCCUUGUUUUAAAUGACUAGAGGACAUUUUUUGAUACUUUCCACAGCUCAGGAAGUGAACUGUGCUCUAACCCAGAGGCAGAAGCACUGGUAAUGUGUUAGCGACCUUAUAAAAGGAACAGCACUGUAUCACUCUUUAAUAUAAUCUUUCAUGUAAUCUGUGUUCUUAUCUUCUACCGUAAUCCGAUGUACUGUAAAUAGUUUUGUAAAAAGAAUUGUAUAAUAUGUUUCCUUCAAUAAACAUUUCUUGAAUUAUUCUA